AUGACAGCCACAAUUAUGCGCAAAGUCUUGGCCGUUCUGUUGCUACUAACAGCGGCUACUACUCACACAGACGCCCGUGCCUCGUGUCCUCGAAUCGGCCGCAUCUACAAUGCCACUCGACCCAAUGGCCAAAACUUGAGACUGGAUACCCGAGGCCCCAUUGACCGAUACGGUGAAAUCUCGGGCCUCGCCUUUUCGCCCAAACAACGAGCCCCCAGUGGAGAGCCUGUCAUUUAUGCCUUUUCCGAUGGAGGAUCUGGCCAACGAAUUGGAAUGUGGGAUCCAGGAAAUGGGGAGCGCCUUCGAACCCUGCAGCUUUCCAACUUUACGGCGCACAAUUGGGAUUGGGAGGCCAUGACGGUUGGAUCUUGUGGAAAUGCCGGUCUCCAAGAUACCUGUUUGUAUGUUGCGGAUACUGGAGACAAUACGGCACGAGCAUCGAGGGGCAGGCGAACCAAUCGGGCUCAUUUUCCGCCCUAUAUUCUCAAGAUUCGGGAACCUCAGUUGGAAGACUAUGCCGAUACCGAUUUCAUUCCGGAUUCUCAUAUCUCCGUCUUGACUGUGGAUUACUCUCAUCCAUCCUCACCAACUGCCUAUGCCGAUGUGGAAGCUGUCUUUGUGGAUCACAAGGGAUGGGGUGAAGGAGGUGCGGUUGGUGACGUUUACUUUGUAACCAAGUUUGAUCGAGGGUGGCAGGCCUAUUAUCAGUUCACAAGACUCUUGAAGAUCCCACCUUCAGCUUGGCCCCCAAUGGGUCAAAAGGGUCAUUAUUCUCCCUUUGCGGUGGGACAUUAUGACUGGGAUGGAGUUCCAGAUGCAUCGGGAAGAUGGACUCUUGUCACGGACGGACAGCUAAUGGGCAACACAUGGCGUGGUGGCGAAAUGAGUUUUGAUGGUACCUUGAUUGGACUGGCAACAACCCAAAAUUCCACUCUCUUUUUGAGAUGCCCCGGAACCUCUGUCGCGGACGCCUUGGCGGCACCCAAUGCCGGCAGUAAGUAUUGCCGAUUGUGGGACUCUCCUACUGGGUUCACCCAGGUGGAGACCUUUGCCUUUUCACCAGGAGGUGGUCGUUCUCUAGUCGUUCCAGAAGGACACAGACCAAGAUUGGGAUGGACUGCCUUUGAUUAUUCGGAUAACGAAUUUGUCUGCCCUGAACCGGAUGUCCUCAUUACCGCGGCUCCCACUGUGGCAGGAACGGGCAAGCCCACAGGCCUUCCCACUCGCAAACCGACGGUUGGGCCCACCAAAGUGCCUACUCUUACUCCAACACUCAUACCCACUGCGAAAAUCACAAAGGGUCCCACCCAAUCGCCCACCAAGUUACCUACAAGUCCCACCCAAUCUCCCACCAAGUUACCUACAAAUGCGCCCACGCUCGAACCAACAGGCCAAUAUCCUGAAUUAUCCAUGGUGAGCAACGGUCUCGGAAGUUUGGGACUCUGCGAGGCAGACUGCGACUCGGACGCCCAAUGCCAAGAUGGACUGAUUUGCCACGUACGAAGCGAAGGUUCCCGAGAAGUACCCGGUUGCAGUGGCAAUGCCGACUUGAUUGGAGACUCCGGGGAAGACUUUUGCAUCUUGCCGGCUUUGGAAGUAACAGGCAACAACAAUGUCACUGGAUUGUCUGUCUGUCAGGCGGAUUGCGAUUCCAACGAUGAUUGUCAGGGAAACCUAGUCUGUUACCAACGUGCCAGAGGAUCCAACAUGGUCCCGGGAUGUCGCGGAAACCCGGAUCAACUGGGAGAUGGCGACGAGGACUAUUGUAUUUUGCCCACGGCUAGUUUUACCGAGCUGGAAGUAGUUGGCAAUGGACUGAAUGGCCUCCAAGUCUGUCAAGCGGAUUGCGACAAGGAUUCCGAUUGUCAAGGUAGUCUACUGUGUUACCAACGCAAACUGGGCAUGGACAAGAUUCCUGGAUGCAGUGGACACGCUGAUUUUAUGGGCGACGGAACGGAAGACUUUUGUGUGCAUCCACUCUCCUUGGCGGCUGCCAAUGGGAAUCUAUCCUCCUUCCAAACAAAAGAAAAAGUGACUUCGGACCUGGCCAUUAUUAUCAUUGCCUUUGGGGCUUGUGUUGUACUACUCGCAACCAGUGUGGUCUAUAUGAAGAUGAAGAAACGAAGAAAUUCUAAAAACACCACUCUCAAAGAUGAUUCCAGUAUUGAUAUGCGAACUGCGGCAAGUUCCUUGGGUGCCAGCAAGUCGCAAGCAGCAAGAGAAGAACAGCAAAAACAGCCGAAACCAACGGGGCAACAAGAGGUGGAGACCUUCAAAAGUGGUUCGCAGUAUCAGAUGGCAGGGUUAAUUGCACUAUAA